CACCGCUUCACGCUCCACCCAUCAUCCACUUCCAUCCCGCCAGCGCAGCGGCACUAUACACCUACCUGACAAGCCUGCUGUCACUGUUGCUGUACCACCAUCGGUAGGCCCAUAAAAUGCAGCGAAACACAAUGUCCUUCCACGGCCAGCACUCGGACGAUAGCGAUCUCGACGACGACGAAGUUGCUUCUUCCGAAGGCGUCAACAGUGAAGCUGGCGAGCCCUCUGAACCCUCUCAGCAUCCGGAGAACUCUUCCAAAGGACUGCCAUCGAACACCUCAGCCGACAGAGACUCGCAUGCCUCUGCUGAGCCUACGACCGCCGCCGCCGCUGCCGCAGACGAGGAGGCUUCCGAGCCCGAGGGAACGCUGUUGCGAGACAAACAGCGCCGAACCGCCCACUACAACUACCAGCUCGAAAAGCAAAUGUCUCAUGUCGAGGCGAAACAGUUUUACCAGCAACAGCGUCAGAACACACUGGAUGAGCACGCUCUGUCUGCCAGUCCGGUAAUGGGCAGUAGCCCCAUCCUUCGCGCAAGGACAUACUCUGGACACUUUGGUGGAGACGCUAGCUCUUUGAGGAGAUCAGGCAGUGUGAAGAGCAAGCAAAGCACUUCCACCUUGAGAGAACCAGCUCAAUCAGCUUACAGAUCCGCACUCCCCGUCGGCCUCAGCGAUCCGCGUAAGCAUCCCGAUAGCUCCACAAUACAGUCUCCCAGCAUUGGCAGAUUCGAGGGCCUCAAUGGCAUCCGCUCUACGCACGCUGCCGAAGAUGAGAGUCUGUUGGAGGCAGAUCGUGCCGCACAAGCGCACUCGCUCCACCCUGGCUUGCCUCACGAAACGAAACCAUUGUUAGAGCAGGUGGGUAUCCAUGGUGCUGGAGCCGGCAUUGGCCAGGACGCUGUGAACGAUGCAAACGUGACAUCCGAGCUUAGUGCCAUCUAUUCAAACCUACAGAAGAUCCUUGAUCUGAGGCACAAGUACAUUAGACUAUCUUUGCAAGGUCCGACGGAUAAUCCGCGCGAUGAGCCCGGCUGGGAGCUCUACCCACCGCCACCGGAACCUGUAUGGUACGAGAACAAAGAGAGGAAUGCUAGCAGUGAGAAAGAUGGAAAAAGUCCCGCUACCUCGAGCAGUAAGCCUAAAAAGCCACAGCGCAAGAUGGGUCAGGAUAUUGGCGAGGACUUUGAUCUCGAGGAUUGCCUGCCUGUGCCUGAGGCCUCGGAGAUGACAUACAAACUUGACCAGAACGGUGUCUACCAGGUGUACGAAACACGCACGUCUGCUGAGCUUGGUGAGCCUAUUUUGCAUAUUCCCGACAUUAGGGAGUACUACAUGGACCUUGACAGCAUUCUUGCCAUCAGCUCCGAUGGACCUAGCAAGUCCUUUGCAUAUCGUCGCUUGCAGUACUUGGAAGGCAAGUUCAACCUGUACGUACUUCUGAAUGAGUACCAGGAAGUGGCAGACACCAAAGCUGUGCCGCAUCGUGACUUUUACAACGUACGAAAGGUGGACACUCACGUACACCACUCUGCAUGCAUGAAUCAGAAGCACCUGCUCCGCUUCAUCAAAAGCAAGAUGAAGAAGUCGCCUGAUGAGGUAGUGCUCUUUCGAGACGGCGAGUACUUGACACUCAAGCAAGUGUUUGAAAGUAUCAACUUGACCGCUUACGACCUAAGUAUUGAUACCCUGGAUAUGCACGCCCACACAGAUUCAUUCCAUCGCUUUGACAAGUUCAAUCUCAAGUACAAUCCUGUGGGAGAGAGCAGACUGCGCACCAUUUUCUUGAAAACAGAUAACCAUAUACAAGGCAGGUACCUCGCUGAGCUUACCAAGGAGGUCAUCGCAGACCUCGAAAGCAGCAAAUAUCAAAUGGUCGAAUGGCGAAUCAGCAUCUACGGUCGCAGCCCCGAUGAGUGGGAGAAGCUUGCAGCGUGGGUCGUCGACAACAAGCUGUAUUCUCCGAACGUCAGGUGGUUGAUCCAGGUGCCUCGUCUGUACGACGUGUACAAGGCGGCUAAGACGAUGGAGAGUUUUGAGCAGGUCCUCAAGAAUGUGUUUGAGCCACUCUUCGAAGUCACGCAAGAUCCGAGCAAGCAUCCCAAGCUUCAUGUUUUCCUGCAACGAGUGAUUGGCUUUGACUCUGUCGAUGAUGAGAGCAAAACAGAGCGCCGUAUCUACCGCAAGUUCCCAUUGCCAAAGGACUGGAACACCAAGCAGAACCCCCCGUACACGUAUUGGAUUUACUAUCUGUUUGCGAACAUUGCUUCACUCAAUGUCUGGCGAAAACAGCGCGGUUUUAACACGUUUGUACUACGGCCGCACUGUGGCGAGGCGGGAGACACCGACCAUUUGGCAGCCGCUGUCUUAUGCUGCCACAGCAUCAGCCACGGCUUGCUGCUCCGCAAAGUGCCACUGCUGCAAUACAUCUUCUACCUCGAACAAAUUGGUGUUGCGAUGAGUCCGCUGAGCAACAACGCCCUGUUCCUGGCUUAUGAACGAAAUCCAUUUCUCCAAUACUUCCGCCGAGGUCUCAACGUCAGCUUAUCGACAGACGAUCCACUCCAGUUCGCCUUCACCAAGGAGCCACUGAUCGAGGAGUACGCUGUUGCAGCACAGAUCUACAAGCUAUCUGCUGUCGACAUGUCUGAGCUAGCGAAGCACUCCGUAAUCCAGUCUGGCUUUGAGCAUGUGAUGAAACAGAGGUGGCUCGGCAAUAACUAUCAUUUGCCGGGCGUAGCUGGCAACGACAUGGCCAAGGUCAACGUGCCAAACAUUCGAGAAGCGUUUCGUCACGAAACCUGGCUCCAAGAGCUGGCCAUGAUCGAUCGCUAUACCAAUGCUCUUGCGGGUGACAGUCUGAGCGCCAAAGCACUAGCUCCAGGGCAGCAAACCAUUCCGCCUAGUCCCACUCCCAGCAUGAUGACCCACCCCUCGGCGACGAACCCAAUCCACAGUAAUGAUGCUUCGACCUAUAGAAGCGGAGCCUAUGCUACUUCCAAUGCAAUCGGUGCUCCACGCUCAUACCAGCCCAAUGCUCAGGCAGCCCGCCUUUCGCAAAUUGACCUCGGUCAAGCACAGCUGGUCGAUGGCACGUCUGGACCGCGCGCUCGACGUUCGAUGAAUCACAUGUCCGAGUCCCCACACCAGGGCCCGCCUCAACUGCAGACAGAAGUGUCCUCAGCUUCCGCUUCGACUCUGCUUGGGAGUGGUACUCUGGCUGGCCAUGAACCCAAAAUGUUCCCGGGAGUCAUGAGCAGACAUAGGAAGAGUUCUGUCCCCCCAGCGGGUGUCGUGGAUGAUUCGGGCGAUGGCGGGCUAGAGCGAAGCACUGGUAGCCUUUCUCGUAGCAUGACAAUGAGUACUGUCGAAGAUGAGAGGAAGGGUAUGAUGGAGACCACCGAAGAGGCUGAAGAGCCACAUGGGAGCGAGAAGGUUCAGUGAGCGGGGAGCUUUUGUGUUGACAUGAUUUAUGCCCGAGAACAACGAUGAUAACGCAGAGUAAGAGCGAUCGUGUCGCACCACAUGAAGAAUAUCUUUUUUCGCGUCUCAAUGAUACCGGC